AUGCAGUCUCUGGUCGUCUUCCUCGGUCUUCUCGCCGGCGCCUUCGCCGUUGAAUUCAACUACGGCCUCGGUGGUUACCAGCUGAGCCACGCUGUUGCCUCUCCAGCUGUCUCCUACGCCACCCCAGCCCUCGGCUACGCUAGAUACGCCAGCUAUGCCGCCCCAGCUGUCGCCACCGUUGCCCACGCUGCUCCAGCUGUAGCUGCCGUUGCUGCUCCCGCCCUGAGCUAUGCUCGCUAUGGUGCUGGCUACUACGGUUCUGGUCUCGGUCUGGGCUACGGUGCUGGUCUCGGUCUGGGCUACGGUCUUGGUCUUGGAUAUGGCUACGGUGCUCGCUACGCUGCUGCCCCAGUCGUCAGCCACGCUGUUGCUGCCCCAGCCGUCACCCACGCUGUCGCUGCCCCUGCUCUUAGCUACGCUCGUUAUGCUGCCCCAGCUGUCACCCACGCUGUCGCUGCCCCUGCUCUUAGCUACGCUCGUUAUGCUGCUCCAGCUGUCACCCACGCUGUUGCUGCCCCAGCUGUUAGCUACGCUCGUUACGCUGCUCCAACCGUCGCCACCGUUGCCCACGCCCCCGUCGUCAGCCACGCUGUUGCUGCCCCAGCUGUGAGCUAUGCCCGUUACGCUGCUCCAGCGCUCAGCUACGCCCGUUACGCUGCUCCAGCCCUUAGCUACGCUCGCUACGCUGCCCCAGCCGUCGCCACUGUAGCUGCCCCAGCCGUCGCCACUGUAGCUGCUCCAGCCGCCGCCGUUGUUUCCGCUCCAGCUGUUCACACCGCCGUUGCCACCCCAGCCGUCACCACCGUUGCCCACUCUCCAGUUGUCAGCCACGCUGUUGCCGCCCCAGCCGCUGUCACCUACGGUCACGGUCUCGGCCUUGGCUACGGUCUUGGAUACGGCAGCACCCUCGGAUACGGCACCACCCUUGGAUACGGCCACGGUCUUUCCUACGGCCUUGGCUAUGGAGGUGUUGGCCACGGUCUUGGUUAUGGCUACGGUCUCGGCGGAUACAACUACGGCCUUGGCGGCCAGUACUACGCUCUCCGCAAGAAAUAGACGAUCCUCUGGAUGAUCCAAAGGAAAAUCAAGGGGGCAAGCCCACUGUUCUACCAUCAACACAGGGAUGCCUACCACGCUCGUCGACGGAUCUGAGGAGCCUAAUUUAUGAAACAUGUACGAAA